AUGAUGAGCAUUUCUCCUCCCUACACUUGCAAACUUAGUAAUCCUCUUCCAAUUGUUCAUGAAUACUAUCAGUCUGGAGAUUUAAUCAUUGCUGCUAUUAUUUAUCAGGUUCUCUUUCUUUCAAAUGAGAUCACUUUUCAUAGCCGUCCUAAGUAUGACGUCCUUGAUCAGUACAUGUUUAUCACUCAUAAUUACCAGCACACUUUGGCUCUGGCAUUUGCUGUAAAGGAGAUCAAUGAAGAUUCUGGGAUUUUACCCAACGUUACCCUUGGUUUCCACAUUGCUACUGACUAUACUCUGGAAAGUACAACUUAUCAGUUAGCAAUGGAAUUUCUAUCUACAAAAUAUGAAUUUAUACCCAACUACAAAUGUAAUGACCAGACCAACACAGUAGCUGUCAUUGGAGGACCCCGUAGUAACAUCUGUCUCAACAUGGCAAUCUCUCUGUGCAACUACAAAUUUCCCCAGAUCACAUAUGGAUCAGCUCCAUUGAGAAAUACUGAAACAGCAGCAUUUGUCAAAUGGAUGUUCCCAGAUGAGAACCACCAAUUUAAAGGAAUACUGCACUUACUGUUGCAUUUUGGAUGGACCUGGGUUGGGUUAGUUUCAUUGUAUGAGGAAGAAAGAGACAGAUUCAUUCAAAAUAGACUUUCCAUGUUUUCAGAGAGAGGAAUCUGCUUUGACUUUAUACAAUGUCUUCCCCAGAUAAUAUACGGUAAUGAAGCUGCUGUGUAUAUAGAAAAUGCAGACAAAAUAUUCAAAGUAAUCGUGGAAAGUACAGUUAUUGCAGUUAUCUUAAGUGCUGAAAAUGCAGGCUUGGUGCCCUUGAGACUAAUGAUCUAUUUUUUCAAUUAUGAUAAUAUUCCAAAGGAGAGAAGGUCCAAAAUUUGGAUCAUGACAGCCCAGAUGGAAUUCACAUCCAUUCUAAUGCAGAGACCGUUGCCCAUUGAUUUUCUCCAUGGUGCACUUUCUUUUGCAAUUCACUCAAAGCAGCUGGCUGGAUUCCAACAAUUUAUGCAGAAGAGAAACCCAAACUUAGAAAAAGAGGAUGGGUUGAUUACGGAUUUCUGGAAAGAUGCAUUUGAAUGCUCAUUCUCCAGUGAUAUUACAGAUGGGAAUGCUGAAAGGAUCUGCACUGGAGAAGAGAAGCUGGAGACUCUUCCUAAUUCGAUCUUUGACACCACCAUAAAUGGACAGAGUUACAGUGUCUACAAUGCAGUCUUUGCUGUGGCACAUGCUCUGAAGGCCAUGCGCUCUUCCAAACUCAAAGGGAGACAAAAAAUGAAUGAGAGGAAAUGGAAGUUAUUUCUCCAAUCACCUUGGCAACUCCACCGUUUUUUGCAACAAGUCUCCUUUAACAACAGUGCUGGAGAACAGAUUUCUUUUGCCCCCAGUGGGGAAUUAGAAACUGGACUUGAUAUUUUAAAUUGGGUCACAUUUUCAAAUAAAUCCUUUCUGAAAGUCCAAAUUGGAAAGAUCGACCCCCAGGCUCCUUCAGACAAGUUCCUCACCCUUUCUGACAAGGACGCCUCUUGGCCUCUCAUAUUUAACCAGGCAUUACCUCUUUCCAUCUGUAACAAAGAGUGUCCUCUUGGCCAUAGCAAAAUGAAAGUGGAAGGAAAAUUAUCCUGCUGCUAUGACUGCAAAAUAUGCCCAGAAGGAAAGAUAGCAGAUCAGUUGGACUUGGAUGACUGUUUCCCUUGUCCAGAGGAUCAAUAUCCAAACAAGGAUAAAGAUAGUUGCCUCCCAAAAAGUGUAAUUUAUUUAACUUAUCAAGAACCUUUGGGGAUUUCAUUGGCGGUGAUUGGAGUCUCCUUUUCUGUCAUCUCAGCUGUGGUGCUCGGGAUAUUCAUUCAACAUCAGGACACACCUAUUGUGAAAGCCAAUAAUAGGAACCUCACUUAUAGCCUUCUUGCUGCUCUCCUGCUCUCUUUCCUUUGCAGUUUACUCUUCAUUGGGCAACCUAAUCAAGUGAAAUGUGUCUUGCGACAAACUGCUUUUGGUGUCCUCUUCUCUGUAGCUCUUUCAUGUAUACUGGGGAAAACAAUCAUAGUGGUCCUUGCUUUCAUGGCCACCAAGCCCGGAUCCAAAAUGAGGAAAUGGGUGGGGGAAAGGCUGGCUAUCUCUAUUGUCCUAUCUUGCUCCUUGACACAAUUCUGCUUUUGUGUGGUGUGGCUCACAAUUUCUCCCCCCUUCCCAGAUUCUGACAUGCAUUCCAUGGCUGAAGAAAUUAUCCAGGAAUGUAAUGAAGGUUCCACCACAAUGUUUUAUGUUGUCCUUGGCUUUUUGGGGUUCUUGACUGCUGUCAGUUUCACUGUGGCCUUCCUAGCUAGGAAUUUGCCCGACACCUUUAAUGAAGCCAAAUUUAUCACCUUCAGCAUGUUGGUCUUUUGCAGUGUCUGGGUGUCAUUUGUUCCCACCUAUUUGAGCACCAAGGGAAAAUACAUGGUGGCUGUGGAAAUCUUCUCCAUUUUGGCUUCAGCAGCUGGAUUACUGCUCUGCAUAUUUCCACCCAAAUGCUAUAUCAUUAUUCUGAGACCUAAUCUGAAUAAGAAGGAACAACUAAUGAAAAAAUGA